GAAGUGUUGCCUUUUUACCGUGCCGGACGCCACCUGAUGGAGUUGAGUCCCAGUGAGUUUUCAGAUUAUUCGGUACUGCAGGACAAAGAAAAUAUUGCUGUAUGCAAUAAGCCGAAAUCAGAGCUCAUGAAUGAAAAGAUUAUCAAACAAUGUGAAUUCUAUUUCUCGGAUGCAAAUAUUCUAAAAGACCAAUUCCUUCUAAACUUAGUCAAGUCAUCAAAGGAGGGAUGGGUGGAUCUCUCUGUAAUUGCAGGUUUUAAAAAACUCCAGUCUUUGACGACGGACCUUAGCGUUAUUCGUCAGUCACUGGCAGCUUCAACCAAAAUUGAGGUGUCAGAAGAUGGGAACACAAUUCGACGCAUCGAUCCUUUGCCCGUAUGGGAUAAAUCCGUUUACUACCGUACCAUCAUAUUGUCGGAAUUCCCAGAAAACUCGAACGUCACAGUGGAAAGUAUUCAAGAGUUCUUCACGAUAAAUGGCCAUCCUCCAUCUUUAGUGCGCGUUCUGUUUCCAAACCGCAAGAUACCAUCUGAUCUUAAACGUUCACAAAUACUACAUAAUCAACUCGGCGUCAAAAUCUGCGCUGUUGUUGAAUUCCCUAAUCGACCUGAUGCAUUAAAAGCAAUUAAUUUAUCUCGCUCUCACUGGGGGAAAAUAUAUGCAUACCUUUUGUGUCAUGGCAAUAAAAAACUGAAUAAAAACCAACCUGAACAUAAGACUGUCCCUAAUACCACCAAUUCCAAGGGUGUUGCUGAUGACAAAGUUGAACCCAUUCGCAAACCACUUCUACGUCGUCUGGAUUGCCUUAGCAACAAUAGCAUUCAUGUGUCUCACGUACGAGAGCCGAUAGGUCCACCAACUGAAGAAAGUGCUGGUUUUUUGCCUGGUUGGCGUGAAUUACUCCGGUUGCAGCGAAUGCUGAUUCGUGACGGAGCUGAAGUGAAUAAGUCUUCAGAAGCUGAACUUCAGCAAUUGGAUAAUGCGAUUGUUUGUAUAGACUCCGGUGCAGUUUGCGCCUCUUAGAAAACAACCAGUCACAUAUAACAGAAGUAUGUCAAUUUUUCGGUGAUAAAUGCAUCCUUCAUGAUCAUCUAUAUUUCACUGGAACCACUCAUAUCUCUCCAUUUUUGCUAUAUAUAUACCAGAUUCAGAAUACAACAAAAUUCUCUUGUCUAACACUGGUGACACAUUCCUAUUUUACAAUAGAUAUUUCUGUAGUUAGACAAACGACAUUGUUUCAUCAAACUAUUUCAGAAUAAUUGUUUCAAUUCUUUUUUUAAAAGUUGCCUGUAAUUUGAGAUAUCAAUAGAUGCAUCUUCAAAGUAA